UGUGAUUAUUCCAGGACAACGCUAUAUAUAAGGGAAUAAGUGUUCGAGAUUCCACAUUCGUACCUGAAACCAUUAUUAAAACUCGAGAAGACUUACCUGGUUGGUACACUUCAUCUUGCACACCGUCUUUUACUUAGCGAGCGCAGAUUUCAUCGCACACCACUUGUGAUUUUGGUUAAAGUGGCAUUAGCCUUUCCUGUUUGCCGGGAUAAUAGCCAACAUGCGUCAUACACUGAUUGGAUUCAUCGGGAUUUGCAUGAUUGUUACCGUAUUUUCAAAGGAUCUGACAAUCGGACAACUGAGGAAGACACUUGGCCAUGAUGUGGUAUCGGUGCAGCAUCAUACGCGUCCGUUAAAUAUACCUGGAGGGAAGUGGCUAGAUAAAAACUUGGGCAUUCAUCACAGCGGCAACGUUUUCAAGACUGCAUCCGGCGACACCUGGCUGAGUCACAAAGUGCCCGGAAAGCUAGGCAAAGGCGGUAACACGGUGAUAACAAGUGCUCAACAUAUGUCCAGCAACUGGAAGGCCUCUGGAAGAGAACACAAAGUGAAGCCAGGUUUUACGCUGUCGGAUGCCAUCAAGGCCGGAGGAAAGAAUUAUAAUGUGUUUAAAAGCAACUGUAACGAUGCAUCCUGCAAUCAGCUGUUCCAGAUAAACAAGCACAACUUCGGAUCCCGCGGUUAGGCUGUAUGCUUUACUAUGCAUACUUUGCUAUUCCCUCAAUCGAACCGAAGAAAAUUCCGUCAUGAUUGUAUAGAUAGAAGUACGCAAAUUGUUACUGCCGCCGUGGUACAGUGGGACACAUUCUCGAAUUUUGUGCUAUGACUUAAGCAACAUAAGGCUUAUUAGUUGUUGUUGGUACGCUUAACAAUCAUGAAGAGAGGUAAAACUGAAUAAUGGAAAUUAAAAUUAAUAAAGUAACUCAGACUAACAAAA